AUGAGGGGGAUUUUGAGUCAUUAUUUUAAUGUUAAAGUCAUGCUUUGGUACAAUGUCCUCCUAUUAUGUCAAGUAAUUUGCCUUAGCUUGUGCUGCCUCUUUCCCAACUGCUUGGCAUUGCUUCAAAACCUCAGCCACAGAAGAAUGUUUAAAAAACUCACCAAAUUCAUCGUAAAUCAAACGAAUCCACGCGAAGAAUUCGUCCCUGUUGAGAGCAUUGCAGACAAUGAGCACUUCAGUCCUCUCUAUCUACUGAAAAGAAAAGGAAAAUCCAAAACCAUAUUCCACCCAGCUCCUUACUACCAGCAGACAGGGUUCACACUGCAUGAUGUGCUACUGCCUGCAGAAUAUGGUGAAAGCACAGAGCCCUUCCUUCAAGACUCCAGCCAAUUUACUCUCACAAAAAUCAGCAAAGACCAAGCUGAUGGAGGUCUCAGUAUUCCAUGUGACCCUGCAAGUGCAGAUCUGCAAGGAGGUGCCUCCUUCUCCAAGGAGAUUGUUAUCAAGACACAUAACAAGAGUGUACCACUGGAAUCACUGGAGAAACUGAGAAGAGAAAGAAAAAUUAACAUGGAUCAUUCAUUCAUCCAACAACUCCAGAGAACACACAUCAGUCUAUACGUGGUCACUGAAAUCCUCGAAGCCUCAGAGGAGACUGUCUACAAGGAAUCCACCAAGGCAGACGGGGGCUUCAAGGCCAAAUUUUAUGCCACACUCUCUGGAAAGGGCACCAGAGAGGUCAAACAAACCAUAGUCAUACCCAAGGGCUGCACCCUGGCAUUCAGAACCAUCCCUCUACACAUUGAAGAUGGUGCAUGGCAUCUGGAAUAUUUCACACUAGAAAAUGUGAGAGUAACAGACGGAAUAGAUGAUUUAGAGCUGCUAAUGAACUCCGAGAACUCAAGUGACGAAAAAUUAGAAGAAGUGAUGUCGGAAGUUAAAGACUACUGCGGAAAUUUCCCUGAAUUGUCUCCUGAACUCCUGCUCAUUUCCUUCAACACCAUCAAAGCUGUCAUGAGAGACAAGAAUCUCCUUCAAGAGCUCAGACAGAAAAUGGACGAAUUUCUUGAGCUAAAUGAUGCGUAUGAGCUGAAAACUGAGAGCCCAGACUUAAAAGAUCUGUUCAGCAUCUUACAGCAUUCUCCAGAAUGGCGUCUCCUUGAGCUGGCAGGAGGAAUCACCUACAUCCUUGAUGCUUUGCAUGAGUUAAUGGACGAACAGCUGCUGCUGUUGCUGGAAUCCUUGGAAAGGAAGAUUCUGUCCCAACAGCUGGAACUGGUUGAACACCUCCUGAAACAUGACCUGGAGGAUAAGAUGUGUAAUUUUCAUGUGGAUGCCAGCCUCCUCUCCUUCCAACACAAGGAGGAACAGAUGUUAACUAUGGAACUGGUGGAGAUGAGUGGAGUGCAGCUCCAGGAAGAUGGAACAGUUGUUUCUUUGGAUCAACCCUUUGAGGCCAUGGCAGCCCUGUUUGUGGCCCUGUAUGCCCUCAAGCUCCUGAGUGGCUCCAAGUAG